AUUUUAAACUUUUACAGUUAAUUUAAAUAUAUGUAUAUAUUUAUAUAUAUAUUUUAAAACUUUUUUCUAUAAUGUUAACAAUUCCUCAAGUUCAGAAGUUUCAGAAGGAACAUUUGUAGCUUCUAAAAACGAAAUUUCCUGCACUUAAUUUGCUGUCUCACACAGACACAGGACUGGGCGGACCUAAUCUGAAGACAGGGGACUUGUGAUGGAGAGCACUUCUGAUAUCAAAACAGCCAGGCCGAACUUCCUCCUGGCUGACUAUGCUGUCUUUGGCCUCAUGCUGCUUGUCUCUGUGCUUAUUGGACUGUUCCAAGCCCUGAAAAAGAGUGCUCGACGGGGGAAGGUGGAUGACUUCUUCACUGGGGGAAGAAAGAUGUCUGCAGUGCCCGUGGGCUUGUCACUCUGUGCCAGCUUUAUGUCAGCUGUGCAGGUGCUGGGUGUUCCAUCUGAGGCCUACCGUUAUGGUUUUAAAUUCCUAUACAUGUGCCUGGGCCAGACGUUCAGCUCCCUCAUUACCGCCUUCCUGUUUCUCCCUGUGUUCUACAAACUCGGCAUCACUAGCACAAACCAGUACCUGAAAAUGAGGUAUGGCAGAGGCAUGCAGCUGCUGGGAAGCUUCCAAUUUAUUUUGGCAACGCUGCUCUACACUGGGGUAGUGAUUCUCGCCCCUGCUCUCAUACUGAACCAAGCCACUGGGCUCGACAUGUGGGCUGCUCUGUUCGCCACUGGGGCCAUUUGCACAUUCUACACUACUCUGGGUGGCAUGAAGGCAGUCAUCUGGACAGAUGUAUUCCAGAUCAUUGUCAUGCUUGCCGGCUUCAUAGCCAUCUUCAUCCAUGGCACUGUUCUGGUUGGAGGACCGGCUAAGGUUCUGGAGAUUGCACACAACGGAUCACGCAUUAAUUUUGAUGACUUUUAUUUGGACCCCAGGAGGCGCUAUUCUUUCUGGAGCUUCUCUGUGGGGGGCACAAUGGUCUGGCUGUCUAUGUAUGGAGUGAACCAAGCCCAGGUGCAGCGCUAUAUUUCCUGCAAGACAGAAAAAGUGGCACAGUGGGCCCUGUUUGUCAACCAGGUGGGCCUUUGUCUCAUCGUGAGCAGUGCUGCUACCUGUGGGAUUGUCAUGUUUGCCCUCUACUCCGGCUGCGACCCACUCAAGGCGGGAAAGAUCUCUUCUCCUGAUCAGUAUAUGCCCUACUUGGUCCUUGACAUCUUUAAAGACUACCCUGGCUUCCCUGGCCUGUUUUUGGCUUCUGCAUUCAGUGGAACUCUAAGCACAGCCUCCACUAGCAUCAAUGCCAUGGCAGCUGUUACCAUGGAGGACCUGUUGAAACCACAUCUUGGGAAUAUGUCCCAGAAGAAAUUAAUUCUAAUCUCCAAAGCACUCUCUCUCAUGUAUGGGGUUGGGUGCGUCACUGUUGCUGCCCUCUCCUCUUUCUUAGACUGGGGUGUUCUUCAGGGCUCCUUCGUCAUUAUGGGAGUGGUCAGUGGGCCGUUACUCGGUGUAUUCAUCCUGGGAAUGUUUGUUCCUGCUACAAAUACACCAGGGGCAUUUGCCGGUGUGUCUGUGGGAUUUUGUAUCACCUUAUGGCUAGCAGUUGGAUCAACUGUCUACCCUCCCAGCCCUGAAGCACAGGGAGUUCUGUCCACUUAUGCAGGACAGUGCUUGUCACAGAACCAUACACUGGACAGCAGCAUGGCCAUGGACAGUGUCACAGGCUGGACCACAGUUCCCCUGGAUCAGCGUGGGCUCACUGUCCUUGAGGACUUCUACUCAAUAUCCUACCUCUACUUUGGAGUAUUAGGGACAAGCUCAGUGGUGCUCACUGGACUUCUGGUCAGCUAUAUCACAGGACCUACCAAACGGACAGCCAUUGCCCCAGGGCUGCUGUGGUGGGACACGAUGGCUAAAACCUUGGAUGGCCCCUCACAGAACACAGAUGUCUUAAAGAACUGCAGUCCGCUAAUUGUACCUAUGGACUCCAUACUCACUGAAACAGGAGGAGGCGAUGGGAAAGAGGAGGCCCCACGGCUUCAAGUUGCCGAAAUGGAGAACAAUCCCCACUCUGUGCUUCUUGACAAGGUUCAGACGGUUCUGAGAACUGAUAAUGAUUUCAAAGCCAGUGACGGUGGAUGGAUGCACCUGUAGAUAUAAGAAUUUCACUGAGCCUUUAUUACAGAUGGCCAUCUGAAAAGGAAAAAAAAAAAGAUUAAUUCCUCAAGAAAAUAUUUUUUCUGAGAAUUUCUCUCACUGCUGGCAAUUGUCCCAGAGAUGAAGACAAAGCCAUAUAACAAAUUAACACCAGAGAUAGACAGGGAACAGCCGAAACUCGCGACACCUACACAAGAGUUCAUACAAGUUUUGACCAACAUACUUCACCACGUUUACACUCCUAUAAAGGGGUAUCCUAAUAUACAAAGGUGCCAGCUGAUUUCAUUAAUUAAUUCUACCUCCAGCCUGAUGAAUUCUGCUAAUUAGAAUAUCUAGAUGAAUGGAACAAAAUACUGGGGAGUAAUGUCACUUCUGACCCUGGAUUUUCCACCUGAAUAAAACAGGCUAUAUUUUCAAUCAGUGAGAUAAAAGGGUUUAAAGGGGCAGUUCAACCAAAAAUGAAAUUAAGGUAUGUUUGUACUUGGAUCAGUAUCUGUCCAUCCAGAUAGUUUCGCUGAAGUUUCAUAAAAGUCCACCUGCACAAGACAUUGCAAUGAUAAGGGCUACACAGUUGGCAUGCUUAGGUAGAAGUAGUAGUUUGAUGACACCAUGCAGAAAUUAAGCUCUCUGGACGUUUGUGAGUAGCCACUGGGUUAUAUUUGGAAAGCGAGAUUGCUGACAAUUUUUCAAAUUUUUGGUGCUUUGAGGACACAUAAAGAUGGACCUGCAUGGUAUAUUUUAUCAGGGUGUGCUGUAGCGAAUAUCAAGAAAACCUGUCACAUACUACUCCUGCUAAGUGGAAACAUACCAUAAUUUCAUUUUUGGAUGAAUUGCCCGUUUAACAUUUUUCUUACAAAUAAUAGAUGGAAAUAAUAUUAAGUCAUUUGAAGAACUGUUCCCAACCUAUGAAUUACCCUGAGGUGUUAUUUUUUAAGUAUUUGCAAGUAAGAAGCUACGUUAAUGAGAAGAUGUGUAACAAUCCUAAUAUUACAGAAUGUCAUUCAAUAAUGAGAUAUAUGAUAAAUAACAAUGCGGAGAAAAAUGAGUUAACUAAAUGGAUAGGUAAAAUUUAUAAAAUAUUACAAAAUGAUUAUCCCAACAGCAGAGCACAGUGUAAAUACUGAGGAAACUAUAGACUGACAAGCUGUCUCAUUUAAUAUUUUUAAAACUACUAAUUCAUAUUUUUGGAAAGAGCAUGCUUGGAAAAUACAGCUGUGAUACUUUAAAACACCAGCCAUUCAGUCAAAAUGCUGUAUAGUACAGAAAAUAAGUGCUGAGGAAAAUGUGGGGAAGAGAAAGCUACUCACUCUCAUAAAUUUUUAAAAAUGUAUCUGGUGAGACGGAAGUAUAGGAGCAGUAGUAUAUUGGAUGUCACACAAUUUAGUGGUUCCACUCUGGGAAGCUCCUCGAUAUAUUAUUUUGGGUUUAAUCCCUAUGGCAUCACUUCUGAAGCUAACAAAUACCUGAUAAGAAUUCUAAAACGUAUAGCACUAAAACAUAUUAAAUUAGCUGAAACAAGAACCACCCACUGCUGAAAAAUGGAGGGAUUUGGUAAAAGUACACCAAAUUGAGUACACAACACAUAGAACAAGCAUAGGAAAUAGAGCUGAGCACAAAUGAGGAAAAUGGAGCAAUUUAAAAAAAGAAAUAAACCAAGCUAAAAGAUGUGAACUUAUACUCUUUUCCUUUUUCUUUAUCUAAUUGGUGCUUAUCUUUUUUGUUUCAGAGCCCAGUGGAAUCCAAUGUGUAAUCAUCCCACUGAAUGUCCAUGUAAAGGUGGAGAAAUUAAUUUUAAUGCAUUUGCAUGUGUGUACGUGCUGGCAUAUAUAUAUAUAUAUAUAUAUUUAUCUAGGAGUAUGGGUAUAGUAUUGGAGUGAAAGAAUAUGUUUGGGUGCUUAUAUGUGUUUUGAAUGUAUGUAUACAUAUACAGACAGGUGAAUACAACAUAAAGUGUCCUGGUAAGGUGUUGGGCCAUCACAAGCUGAACAGCUUCAAUGCGCCUUGGCUUACAGAUGGUCUCUGGAACUCUACUG